AUGCUGCUGAGCGCGGAUGACAACCUCGCUGCAUUUCAGCUGGUCGAGGUUUUGCUCAGUGCAGUGAUGCCGAGAUUGAUGUUCAAUCCCAACCUCCUUGGGAUUCCGACUCUUGAAUGGGCACUGAUGCAAGUUGAUAUGACCUUGAGCCAAUGCAAUGCGGCAGCUUGGGUGAUUAAGAAGAGCCUGAACCUCCACAGUCGUUUGCAGGGCCGAUCGAAGACCCGACGGGAUGAUGAAGUUCAGGAGGAACUGUUCGAUUGCAUCAUUAGUGGCAGCUUUCCUGUCGGUGUUCCGAAUGACAUAGCCCUCACAAAGGCAUCGAUAGGCAAGGCUCCGGUUCGCAAGAGAUUGCGAUUGAAUACAAAGACAACCCCUAUCAUCCCGAGCCCAGCCACGACUCCAAGCCCAGCUACGACUCCAAGCCCAGCUACGAAUACUUCUGGCACCUCGGAGACUGCGGCCCAAGACGUGACGGUGGCUGAGGUUAGUGUUGGUUGCUGUGAGCUUCCGGCAGAGGGUGAGGUUAGUGUUGCUGGCUGUGAGCUUCCGCCAGAAGACAUGCCUGUUGACUGCGAUGCAGAGGGUGAGGUUAGUGUUCCCGGCUGUGAGCUUCCGCCCGAAGACAUGCCCGUCGACCGCAAUGCAGAGGGUGAGGUUAGUGUUCCCGGCUCAGAGGCAUUGGGACAGGUUCCUUCAGCCCUUUUUGAGGGCGACGGUGUACUUCGUAUGGUGGACCUGGUGUCUGAGAGUGAGGAAGAGCAAGGUUCGAGAGAUCAGGGUUCGACCGUGGAGCCGACUACGAUUGCGCCGACGAAAGCAGAUGUGGAAGCUGCACGGGCCAACUCGUCGCAGACUGUGCGAGGUGCAGAGAUUGUUUUGUUAUCGAUUGGGAAUAUCCAGCCAGACGCCGUUGAUACGCUUCCGUGGGAUGGUGUGCCGGCAGUGCCCUACGUCUUGCAGCAUGGAUGCACUCUCAGGGUCGAGCCAUUGGACUCGGGUGCCGAGCUCGAGCCGAUUGGUGCUGGUGUUGCAAGCUUGGCUGCACCUGUGGCCACGGAAAGGGCUGCAGCAAAAGCUGUGCCUGCGGCUGCGACAGGGUUGGCGGGUGAGCCGUUGGAUCCUGUCGUUGUCGCAAAAUAUGACAAGUUCUGGUCCAAGUAUGUUUGCAAAGAUGGUGAUAUUUGGAAGAAUGUAGAUGGACCCGAGGAUGAGGAAAGCAAGGCCAAGCUGAGAAGCUUGGGCCUGUGGCGGCCAAACUUGGCUCUUGACCUUUCUAAGACCGGUGCUGAGGGCGAGGAUGCAGGAUUUUUGGCCAGGUCACAGCAGCGACUGUUGAAACAGAAGAAAACCGAUGCAAACAAAGCUGCAGCUGACAAAGAUGAUGAGAUGAUGCCUGCAGUUUCAAGUGCUGCCGUUGCUAAGCCUAAGGCCAAGAGCAAAUCCAAGGCUAAGGCUAAGGCAACGAGCAAAAGAAAAGCAGCUGCUGUCGGAGACCCCGUGAUCGAUGAGAAGGAGACGGAUGCAAUCGUGCCAGCUUCGGCCCCCGGCUCUGAGAAGGAUCUGAUUGACCAACUCGCAGUGGUCCCUUGCCCGGAGACGAAGCAGGAUGAUGAGAACUUGAAGCGGAAGUGUAAGAAGCGGAAGACCAAGAAUGCCUUGAGGGAUGCCUUUCACGCCAUCAUCCGCCCUCGCAUUGUGCAUCCUUCCUCGCACGAGGACAUGAGUCUUAAGUGCCUUGCUGUUGUUGCCUUUCAGGAUCCCUUUUGGAAGAAGGCAAAGCCUGUCUUGGACAUCAUGAUGGAGCCAGAGCCGAAGGAUCUCAUGAAGGCGGCCGGCGACGAAGCACACAGCUACCUGCUGGAGGCCAUGGGCGGCGAUUGGAGUUGGCAUGCCACGUGGCUCCCAAAGGCUUCUGGAAAGCCUUUCAAAGUCGAAGGACUCUAG